UUUUUAGGAAAUCUACAGGUGUUUGCAACUUGUAGGUUCUGGCUAUUGUAUCCAAAUAAGAAUAGAAGUGGAACCUUUUAACUGAGUUUGGAGAACAAGACCCCUAAGUAAGAAUGAGGUAAGAGGUUUUUGCUCUUUUCAUUUUGUUUUGCUUUCAAUGUGGUUUAAGCUUGGGUUCUAUGUAUUUAACACUGUUUAGAAAACAUGCCUCACAACUGCAUAUAGGCUUUAUCGGAGCGUCCCUUGCCUGGUGUCAUCCAGCUCCUGUGUUGGAGCUAGGUAUUACUGCGCAAUGUUUCAGCACUAUGGACAGCGCCUAGGCACCAACUUCUACGAAAGGGAGGGGAUCCGGUUGGGUUUGCGUAGAGGAGAAAAGGUGGAGCAGGGGAAAAUAACCAAAAUGCCGCAUGCAGUCCCCAGUUAAACCUUUCACUGUGUCUUUUCUGUAUCGGAGAAGAAAGACAUAAGAAUUUAGAACCAUCACAAACACGCGCGAGCGCGCAAAUAUUUACACAUUGCUACAUCGAAGUAAUCUAUGCACAUUUUCCUGCAAAUACACUCGCGCGCGCACACGUACUUCGCGGGCGCCCACGUCCUCUUCCUCUCACCGACAGAUACAGACAUUUACACACGUAGGCCAGGAAAGCGCUAACCACGGUCCUGUGACUCCACGCAGGUUCCCAAGACACGCCUUUUACAUUAUUACUGAACCGAUCAGCGAACACAGACAAACCUGCCAGCACUUAAGUCUACUCACUGGAUUUCAUCUCCAUGGCAACAAGCAUGGAAGGCCAAGAGGUGACUCCAGCUGGAAUUCUGAAGAGCUGCAACGAUGUGACAGUGAAUAAUGAGUAGUACCUACUGUGGCAACUCUUCAGCUAAGAUGAGUGUCAACGAAGUAUCAGCUUUCUCAUUGACUUUGGAGCAAAAAACUGGCUUUGCUUUUGUUGGGAUUUUAUGUAUUUUCUUGGGACUUCUUAUUAUCAGAUGCUUCAAAAUCCUGUUAGACCCAUAUAGUAGCAUGCCUUCCUCUACAUGGGAAGAUGAAGUGGAAGAAUUUGACAAAGGGACAUUUGAAUAUGCACUCGCAUGACAGUUGCAGCUUUACGGCUCUUAGUGCUGUGCCACUGGGACACGUGAUGGGUACAGUUGUGAUUACCUCGAAAGUGCUGGAGACAGGCUCAUGUCAUUCACUACAUUCAAUAAACAUGUGUCGUUAACUUAUCCACUAUGCUGUUUAAGUCAUAGACCACUGCUGGGUUUCCUAACUUUCCCCAUCUGCCAGUAUUGUGGUUUCCAAUGAACAGAGUAGAAGGAUUAUUCCAGCCAUAUAUACCAUCUUUAUUCUUAUCUCAAACAUCUGCCUUAAAUCUCUGCUCCCUUUUUGUGCUUAUAAAUUGUGCCAGGGCCUUCCUGCUUCUGACCCUCUGCAAUGCCAACACACUCUCUCUGCAUUCCCAA